CAUGCCCUUGGUUUAUAGUUUGUCAUGAUGAUACAAUCAAGUAGUGUUAUAUGAGUGGCAGUCGCUGAUACAUGAUUACUUCGUUCACGACUUUUUGACUAAGUGACAAAACUACCAAACAUGGUCCUCACAUUGUAUAAAUGCGACCUGAGCCCUCCAGUCAGGUCUGUCCUAAUGGUGAUCGAACACUUGAAGCUGCCAGUACAAUUUGUUGACGUGAACUUCAUAAAGGGAGAGCAACUUACAGAGGAGUAUAAGAAAAUCAAUCCACAACACACGGUGCCAACGUUGAUAGAUGACGACUUCAUUCUUGGUGACAGUCAUGCCAUUUCGAUGUAUUUAAUUAACAAAUACGCAAAGGAUGACUCUCUGUACCCCAGUGACCCUAAACUAAGAGCCAUUGUUGACCAACGUCUCCACUUUGACAGUGGUAUCUUGUUUCCAGUGGCCAAAAAUGGUUUCGGUCAAGUUGUCUUCCAAGGAGCAAAAAAAAUGUCCGAUGAUGCCGUAGAGAAGAUCUUAUCUGCGUACGAGUUCACAGACCAAUUUGCAACCAAUACCUGGUUGGCAGGAGAACAGUUCACAAUUGCUGAUAUCUGCUGCGUGGCAACUAUCAGUAGCUUGAACAAUUUAGUCCCUAUUGAUGCUAAGAAGUAUCCCCGUCUUUAUGCCUGGUUGAAACGUUGUUCAGAAUUGGAUAUUUACAAGAAAAUGAAUGCUCCCGGAAAUGAAGAAAUCGGUGAAAUAUUCAGAAGCAAAUUAGGAUAAGAAAUCUUAUUUUUUACAUAAUCCAUUUAACUGUAAAUAAAACGUUAUUGAUUACACAUUA